AUGGGUAUCAACUCAAUGUUGGCUGUUGAGGAAAAGGAUGUGGUUGCUUUUGGGAAUUCCUUGAUGUCUAGCGCAGAGGUUUUGUCUUUAGGUCAGAUACUUGGGUCUGGCAGUGCUCUACCUUCUACUUCUGGCUGGAUUGCUUUUGGAGCGGAUGAUUCGAGGGAUGCCGAGAUGGUUCGGAUUGGAGCGAUUUACGGUAGACUGUGGAGGAGCACCGGCGGAGGAGCAGCGGCUAGGGGUGUAGGGGCAGAGGAUUUGGGGAUGGGGGAUUUGGGGAAGGGAUACGCGCCCGUUUCUGAAAGACUGAAAUGCGAAGGAGUGUACUGA